CAACAAAUUAGGGAGAUGGAUUAGAUGGAAGGUUUUUACAGAUCGAGAUUUAUAAACUACAAUUCAGAUUGUUUCGAUUGUUUAGUAUGCUAACACGUCGCUCGUGACCCUAUGGAAUGUAAUAGUUGUGGGCAAGUUUAUUGUGCCUCUUGUUUGCCUAAGUAAUGAAAUUUAAUUUGAUUAUAGAAUCUGUAUUAAUUGUUCAACUCCUGGGUCUUUCGAUAAAUUGACAAGAGUUUAAAAAAAAAUAUACGAUGAUUUAGUUUUAAAAUGUAAUGUGCAUAUUUUUAUUUUAAGGUUAAUUCUGUGAACUUUUGGUAACAGUAAACUUAAUUGAAAAACAUGAAAAGGAGUGUAAUAAAUAAUGCGUAAAUUUUUAAUUCUGCGGGAACUUUAUAACUAAAGAAAAUAAUGAAAAAGUAAUUAAUGAUAACCAUCAAGCUAUGUGAUACCUUAUGCCAAUUAUUGUCACUUGUGAAAAAAUCAGUUAGCAAACAAGAGAUCUAUGAUCACUUAAAAAGUGUUUCUUAAUAAAAUAUUGUCAUUUCCUCAAAAAUACCGAGAAGCUUCGAUUCCUCUAAUAUUUCAACCUUGACUAUUUCCAAUAGAUGGGAUAGCUAAAAGAAGGCCAACUGUAUCAAAUUCUCAGAUGGAGAUUAGAAAGCAUUCAAUGAAGAGUAAAAUAACAACUUCAGAACAGUCGUAGCCAAACAUGGUUAUGAGUCAGGAAUAGCGUAUUGGGAAAUUGAAACUGACGAUAGAAAUGAAAGUGAAUUAAAAAUUGGUGUUACUAAAAGCAAAGACUUUGAUCUUAAUAAGACAUGCUUUUGUGAUUAUGAUUUUGGUUGGGCUUUUUUUACACAAGGAAGUGUAAGUAUUUCAGAAUUAAUAUAGUUACGCCAUAAUCAUCCAAAUUCGGGUCCAGUAUUUGCUAAGAGAUUAAAAUAUGGAGUAUUUGGAGUGUGUCUAAAUAUGAAUUAAGGACAAUUGAUGUUCAGUUAUAAUGGAGAAUUCUUGGGUUAGGCAUUUAAAGAUGAAAAAUUAAAAUCUGGACCUAUUUAUCCUGCAGUAGGAUUGUUUAAUACUGCAGGUUGUAAAAUCACAAGUGGAAAACCUGUUCCAUCGCUAUUCCCAAUAUGA